AUGGAAAACCUGUCUCUUUUCUCAGAAUUUGAGCAUUCUGGAAGUGUCAAUGUUAGCGAACGGGCUGUCGACAAGACUGCAGCAAUCGUGAUGUUCGUUAUCGGGAUGUUGUUAGGACUAUCCUUCUUUAUAGUUACACUACGACUUUUCGAUGAAACCAUCCGACCAAAAUACUUCCCAUCACUCCCAAGCUUUCGCAGUUCCACAGAAAGAGUUACUACAAGCUCAGGUGGCACAGCUAUCACACCGUUAGAGAGAUAUGGGGGAUUGAUUUAG